GCGCCCAGGCACCUUUGUGAGCGCGGCCGGCGGCUGGAGAUCGAGCCCCGGCCCCGGCCCUCUUCUCCGCGCACUUUGCGGACCCGGAGGGAGGAGUCGUGACACAUAGAUCUGCUUCUGCGGUGGGGAGAGAAACGGAAGGAGAAGGAAAGGAGCUACAGGAGGCUCGUGAUGCUGGGAGCUGCAGGAAAGGCCUGGUGUUUUAUGGUUUGUUCCCUUUCCCAGCUGUUUCUCAGGAUUCUUCCCUUCUCCACAGAGGAGCCUGAAGAAGGAGGACCGAAGAACUGUCAUAAAUUCUUAGUCUUAAAGCCAUGUCCAAGGAUUUGGUGACAUUUGGGGAUGUGGCUGUAAACUUUACUCAAGAGGAAUGGGAAUGGCUGAACCCCGCUCAGCGGAACUUGUAUAGGAAGGUGAUGUUGGAGAACUACAGGAGCCUAGCCUCACUAGGAGUCUCUGCUAAGCCAGAUGUGAUCUCAUUAUUGGAGCAAGGAAAAGAACCCUGGAUGGUGAAGGAGGGAACAAGAGGCACAUGCCCUGAUUGGGAGUAUGUAUUUGAAAGCAGUGAAUUUUCCUCAAAUCAAGAUAUUUUUGAAGACUCAUCCAAACUAAUGACAAUGGGAAGAAGCCAUCUUAGUCAUAGCCUUGACUGCCGCAGUUUGAAAGAAGAUUCUGAAAGUUUGGACUGGUGUAAAAAACAUUUGGGAAGUCAGGAGCCACAUUCUAGUCAAUUGAUCAUCACUGAUAAAGAAAUCCUCUCUGAAGAUCAAAGUAAUAAGUAUAAUAAAUCUUGGCAAACAUUCCAUCAGGUUGCAAUACUAGAUAUUCAACAGAAUUUUCCCACCAAAGAAACAGUACAUAAGCAUGUGCCACAAAAAAGAAGUUACCGAAAAAAAUCUGUUGAAAUGAAACACAAGAAAGCCUAUGUAGAAAAGAAACUUUUGAAAUGUAAUGAAUGUGAGAAAGUCUUCAACCAGAGUUCAUCCCUUACUCUUCAUCAGAGAAUCCAUACUGGAGAGAAACCCUAUGCAUGUGUUGAAUGUGGGAAAACCUUCAGCCAGAGUGCAAACCUAGCUCAACAUAAAAGAAUACACACUGGGGAGAAACCCUAUGAAUGUAAAGAAUGUAGGAAAGCCUUCAGCCAGAAUGCACACCUUGCCCAACACCAGAGAGUUCACACUGGAGAGAAACCUUAUCAGUGUAAAGAAUGUCAAAAAGCCUUCAGCCAGAUUGCACACCUGACUCAACAUCAGAGAGUUCAUACUGGAGAGAGACCUUUUGAAUGUAUUGAAUGUGGAAAAGCCUUUAGUAAUGGUUCAUUUCUUGCUCAGCAUCAGAGAAUUCACACAGGGGAGAAACCUUACGUAUGUAAUGUGUGUGCAAAAGCCUUUAGCCAUCGUGGGUAUCUAAUUGUACAUCAGAGAAUUCAUACUGGAGAGAGACCCUAUGAGUGUAAGGAAUGCAGGAAAGCCUUCAGCCAAUAUGCACAUCUUGCACAACAUCAGAGAGUUCAUACUGGAGAAAAACCCUAUGAAUGUAAAGUGUGUAGGAAAGCCUUCAGCCAGAUUGCAUACCUUGAUCAACACCAAAGGGUUCAUACCGGAGAGAAACCCUAUGAAUGCAUUGAAUGUGGGAAGGCCUUUAGCAAUAGUUCUUCACUUGCACAACACCAGAGAAGUCACACUGGAGAAAAGCCCUAUAUGUGUAAGGAAUGUAGAAAAACGUUUAGCCAAAAUGCAGGCCUUGCUCAGCAUCAAAGAAUUCAUACGGGAGAGAAACCUUAUGAAUGUAACGUCUGUGGGAAAGCCUUUAGCUAUAGUGGAUCUCUGACCUUACAUCAGAGAAUUCAUACUGGAGAGAGGCCCUAUGAAUGUAAAGACUGCAGGAAAUCCUUCAGGCAGCGUGCACACCUCGCUCACCACGAGAGAAUUCAUACUAUGGAGUCGUUCUUGACUCUUUCCUCACCUGCCACAUCCAAUCAGUUACCAAGACCUGUAGGUUUUAUCUCUUAAAUCUGUUAAGAAUCUGACCCCUCUAAUCCAUUUCCACUUUAUCAUCCUAGACUAAUACAUAUUAAUCUGUUUGAUACGGGAUAUGGAAAUAACAUUCUACUUGGUCUCUGUACUUUCACAAUUCUUUGUCAGUUGUUCACAUUGCAUCAAACCUAUAUUUUUAAAAAGUAAUUCUGAUCAUAUCAUUUCCCUCUUAUUAAAAUCCGUCAGUGGCAUCCCUUAGUUGUAGGUUAAAGCAUACAUUCCUCAAAAUAGCUUAAAGAUCCCCAACGUCCUCCAAUACCUUUUUGUUGGACUACCUUCUAAAUCCCUUUUUCAAGUAAGUAUCCAUCUUGUUUUCUGGAUACUCAUCCAAAAUUAAGAACUUAUUCCAACAUCAAAUAGAUUUUGGUUCCAAUCCUUCCUCUUCCAUUUUGUAGCCCUCUUAUUAAGGGGUCCAUUUUGUUCUUUUAAACUUUAAUCCUCUUAUAUUAUGGAAAUAAUAAUGGUACUACCUCAAAAGUUAGUGGGAAAGGUAAAUAAUGCAUGUAAACUCAGCAGAGUGCCUAGCAUAAAAUAAUAAAUAUUAAUGUAAAGAAAAAGUUACCAUGUAUAAAAAGAAGAGCUGAUAUCUCAGCCACUCACCUGAGAAAUAAGCAGCAACUUAGGGUCGGAAAGGUAGGAAGUUUUUUGGUUUUUUUUUUAUCGCUAAGGAAAGAAAUUGCGAGGAGUUUUGAUAAAGAACAGCAGUAACUCUUUUGCAGAUAGUGAUGAGGAUAUAUGAUAUAGUACUGAUCUUAAUUUCCAUGAUGAUAUAGGUUAGAUGG